AUGCAAGACCCAAUUUUAAAACAGACUUGAUAAACUAAAAGAUUGUAUGAGGAUCACUUAUCUUUUAAUAUCGGUAUCGGCAUUGUGAACUCCCGAGUCUUUUCCAUUUUUCCGUGUGGGCGAGUUGCAAUGGAAGCAUGUCGAUCAUCACCAAUUAUUCUUGAGUACCCUCCUCACUCUUCUACAACUCUUUCUCCUCUCUUGCUUCUUCAUCUUAUUCUGUUUAACCAUUUGUAACGUUUAAGCUAGAUGAAUCAUGCAUGAGAUAAGCUCCUCCUAAUCCCUCUAUGAUGGAAUUGGUUUACGAACUCCACUUUUAGGAUCCGUUGCCUUUAUGCGAUGAAAUUGGACUCUUCUUCUUCGGGCUUUCGCAAGAUUAGAUUUUCACUGUUCUGAUCUCCCAUCAGGUGAAAUUCGCAUAGCCGAUGCAUUCGCCGCGUUCACGUGAUGCUCCAAGUUGUUGCCGGAAUCUGCUAUAAGAUCGUCCAUAUUUUUCCUUCUCCAAUCUGUUCUAAGUAUUAUGAUAUUACGACAUGCUUCCAAGAAAGAAUUUCAGGACAUGAUCACGUGUGGGUGACACAGUAAUCUCUUGGAGAUUUUGGAAAGGUUAUACGCUGGGUAUGAUUAUGAAUUUGGGAAUUAAUCUGCUUAAGUACAACAGCUGUUUAGGUUUGAUUGCGUGGUUCAGAAAAGUUUUACCGGAAUUCCACAACCGUUUAGUAGAUUUGAAAAUCAACACCCACUUGAUAAAUGACUAGAGCUAAACACAACAGGACCAUUACAUAUCCUUAUAUAACCUUCAUGGAAGCUAAAUAGCUAAUGAAAUUUCAUACUGUACUAGAUAAUUAAUCCGUGAUGGAGAUUCACAUCCUGCUAUUUUUUACCACCUUAUCCUUUAUCAUAUUCCGGUUCUUUCUAAGGCGUAAAAAGAAUAAACCGCCGGGUCCAACCGGUUUGCCCAUUAUCGGAAACCUCCAUCAACUAGGCCCCCAACCCCACUCUUCUCUUUCUUCCCUUGCCAAAAUCUAUGGCCCGAUUAUGUCUCUCCGUUUCGGUUCCGUUAAUGUCACCGUUGCCUCCUCCCCUACAACCGCCCAAGAAAUCCUCCAAAAAAACGACCAAUCAUUCUCAAACCGCCUUAUCCCGGAAUCAGUCGCGGCCCAACCCAACGUCAAUGAUACCCUAGGUUGGGCACCCGCAGACCCACGGUGGCGUAACCGUCGUCGCAUCUGCACCACGCAACUAUUCACUUCCCAACGCCUCGACCUUCUCCAACACCUCCGUCACCGGAAAGUUGAGCAACUAGUUCAACAUCUUCACAAAAAAGCUGCGGAAAGAACAACAGUCGACAUCGGCGAACUAGCUUUCGCCACCAUGCUGAACUUGGUUUCUAACACGGUAUUCUCUGAGGAUCUUGUUGACUCGGAGUUCGAGAGUGCAGGUGAGUUUAAGGAGCUUGUGUGGAGGAUUAUGGAGGAUGCCGGGAAAGUUAACGUUUCUGAUUAUUUUCCGGUGUUGAAGAGAUUUGAUUUGCAGGGUGUGAAGAGACAUGUUGAGGUUUCUUAUGUGAGAUUGCAUGAGAUUUUUGAUCGUAUGAUUCGAAAACGUGUUGUGGAUAGAGAGAAUUCGUGUGACGGUGGCGGCGGUGCGGUUGCAGGUGACUUUCUGGAUGUAUUGCUUGAUCAUUGUCAACAAGAAGAAGGCUCUGUUUUUAGUGUUGAAAGCAUCAAGCCAUUGAUUCUGGAUUUAUUCAUAGCUGGAAGUGACACAUCAGGAUCAACAACAGAAUGGGCAAUGGCAGAACUUCUCCACAAUCCAAAAAUAAUGAAAAAAGCAAGAAACGAAGUGACUCAAAUAAUCGGAAAAUCCAACCAAGUCAAAGAAUCCGACAUUCCAUCUCUUCCUUACAUCCAAUCAAUAGUCAAAGAAACACUCAGGCUUCAUCCACCAGUUCCACUUCUCUUACCUUACAUUGCAUCAAACGACGUUGAAAUCAACGGUUACACAAUUCACAAGGGAAACCAGGUUUUGAUUAACGUUUGGUCUAUUGGAAGAAACCCCGAGUUUUGGGAUGAUCCGUUGGUUUUUAAGCCGGAGAGGUUUGUUGAUUCUAAUGUUGAUUUUAAAGGGAGGGAUUUUGAGUAUUUACCGUUUGGUGCUGGAAGACGAAUUUGUCCGGGGAUUCCUCUUGCUAAUAGGAUGAUUGUUUUGAUGUUGGCUGUGUUGUUGCAUUCUUUUGAGUGGGAGCUUCCUGAAGGUGUUGGUCCGGAUACGCUUGAUAUGAGGGAGCAAUAUGGAAUCACGUUGAAGAAGCUUGUUCCUCUUUCUGCUGUUCCAAUUUCUGUAGUAGAAUGAAUAUGGAGUAAUGUUAAGAGUUGUGUUUGGCAAGAAGAGUUUCUUAUCUGGCUUAAAUAAUUAAAUAAUGUACUUUGUUUAGAGACAAAAGAAGUUGUGUAUGAGUAUGAUAGGAUGCAAUCAAACAGAGACAUAUCAUGUGUAACUUGAAGCAGUUGCUAGAUACGUAAUUAAUUAUGCAUACUAAAUCAUUAGCACGAA